AUGCAUCCAGCUUACCACCACGCUGCCACAGUGCAGUAUGCACACCCGCAACAAGCGCAGCCGGCAUUUCAUCCCACCACUGCCCAGGCUGCAGGAGGGUUCACAGCCGGCCAGCCUGCGGUGCAAAGCUUUGCCCAGGGAGCUCCCGGACAACCACAGUUCACUUUCUAUACGAACACACCCGGUGCGAUGCCAUCGCAGCCACUUGGUGGGUUCCAAGUCGCUGGGUUUCCAGGCACUCAACCCCAGGUAGCAAUGGGCAUGGUUCCCACCACUCAGGCCGCAAUGCAACUUCCCCCUUCGGUUAGCUACAGCCCAGCAUAUCCGCUUGCAGCCGGAGCGAUGCCUCCACCACCCCACAGCAUUGUACAGACCCAGAGUCAGGGUCAACCUGCAGAAAGCGCCCAGUCCGAGAGCAGCUACGAGUCGAGCUCGGAGGAGUCGGGUUUGGAGGCCACGGAGGGCCAGGGCGAUCAGGGUCAGCACGAAGCCAAGGCGGAGAGUGAAGGCAUUGCAGCGGCGAAAGCGGAAGAUGCAGAAGAGCCUGAUGUAGCGACGGUUCCUUCCUCAGUGCCCUCUUCCGUGUCAUUGCCACCACCCUCCAUGCCUGCGUCUGUGCCGCCCUCUAUUCCGGCCUCGAUGCCGGUCUCGGAGCAGAAGCCAAUGUCGGAGGAUUCUGUCAACAAUGCCAACUACCAGACAGUGUAUGGGGCAGCGCCAGGUGCUCCUGAGGAUGUGAACUUGCAAACGCGGCUCUCCAACUCCAAGGAGGCCCUCAAACUCCCUCUCGGAGCAAAGCCCGCAGACGAGCGCUUGGACAAGUUCCUCUUUGGUCAUGGAUAUACCAUCGCUCGGGAGGUGCAGCUCCGACAAACCUGUUCUCUUACCGGAAGGUGCUGCCGCCAAAAGCCAGCCUUCCUGCUGGAGCGCUUGGCAAAGGUGCCUUUGGCGUUGUCUAUCGUGGUUCCCGCCGACGUGACAACACUGAAGACACAGUUCAGCCGCCUGUCCUCGCAUUUGAGAUUCGAGGUCCGCUUCAUGGAAGCCUUCGUCGACAGAAGCAGCGACUCCAUGGUCAUCGCCAUGCCCCCAAAAAAGCAGCCAGUGAGACUCUGUGGCGUUUCGAUCUUAAGCUCGGGCCUUUUAGCUUUGGGAUUGAGCCGCGAGGCCAUGGAACUCGUCACCGGGGGCGAUUUGCUUUCCUCCCUGACUGGUGAGCCGCAGCACUACGAGGACACAUCAAACAUCCAAGCCGUUGUGCCGAUGUCGGAUAGGUUCAGCCUGUUCAACUACCUUCCCGAUAUGUCUCAAGGUACCGAGUGCAGCGCCGCUGAGGGCUUCUACAGCCUCGUUGCCAACGACAUCCAUGGGAAUCCUGUCCAGUUCGCCGGCAUGCAGGGCCGUGCCGUGCUGGUUGCCAACGAGCUGAACAAGCAUUUUUCUGGCCGCCUAGUCGUUCUCGCCUUCCCCUGCAACCAGUUUGGUCAGCAGGAGCCAGGCAGCGCAUCAGAGAUCAAGGCCUUCGUCAAAGCACAAGGCGCUCCCAUUGAUGAUUCUGACACAGGCUUUCGCCUCAUGGAAAAGGUGGAUGUAAAUGGGCCUGGGACUCAUCCCGUGUACAAGUUCUUGAAGGAGUCCUCAGAGGCAGCAGACAUCAAGUGGAACUUUGGGAGCUACUUCCUGGUUAGUCAUGUAGGUGCCGUCACGCGCCUGGCUGGUGGGAAGAACUCACCAAUGUCCUUCAAAGCCCUGGCGCAUGCCCACGAAAUGGGAGUCGUGCAUCGCGACCUGAAGCCUGAGAACAUCCUUCUGCGGCAAGGCGAUCGGUUCCCCAAGGUUGCAGACUUCGGUCUUUCGAGAUCUUUGAGGAAUUCUGAAAUGGCGAUGACAGUCGCCGGCACCCCCACAUACAUGGCUCCAGAGAUCCAGGAUCCACGGCUGCCCUACGACUUCCCGGCGGACAUCUACUCCCUGGGUUGUAUUCUCACGGACCUCAUGGACAAGUCCUUUUGUUGCAGUUGGUACGCCAAGGCCACGCCGGGCACCCACGAGAAAAUGCGCAAGCGCUGGCCUGAUGGUGCGACACCUCCCAAGUUCUCUGCUCCCUUGAAGGAGCUGCAAGGCUCGAUGAUCGGUCAAGCCCCCGGCCUUAGGCCCACUUGCUACCAGGUGUGCAACGAUCUACUCACCCUGGCAGAUACGCAGCCUCUCCCCCAUGUCCUGUGGCAGGAGAAGACCAAGCUGCCAAAGGGCGCCCCUUCGCAGAAGAUGCUGGGCUCAGAGCUCGCUCGCGAAAUUGCAGGCCGUGGUGGCUACGCCGUCGGCUGCCGCGUCCGGGUGUUCGUAGACGGGGGGUGGCAUCCCGGCGAGGUGAAGCACAUCUCGACGAGCAUGUGCCCUGGAGCCGUGCAGGUGCACUUCAGGAGAGGAGGUGAUGCCAAAGGUGAGGAAGCCAUCCUGGUCUGCCCCUGGCAGUUCCAGCAGCUGCUCCGACCAGAUCCGGGAGCCAUAACGAAGGAUGAGAGGAUGGGCACCCUCAUCUUUCCAGAGCAGGCCCCACCUCCGAAGACGAGCCCCUCCAAGGGGUCGAGGACUCCUGCGUCGACGCCCGCUCGGAAAGAGGCCCAAGUCGAUUUCACCUGUGUGGGUUUGUCUUGCUGUGUUCUGCAACAACGUAAAGGUAGCGAUCCGGUAGUGCAGCACGACAAUUCAAUUCUGGCUCCUGACGGCUGCGAUCGCAAAGCGAUUCGCAUCCUCCGAAAGCGGACAGACGUAGCUUUGGUGAACUUCUGGUACUGCAAGAAGUACUCUUGCAUGGAAGGCGUCGUGGCAGCUGAAGUGAGCCUGGCCGCAGAAAUCAAGAAGUCGAUCGAAGAAGAGUUGAAUGCCUUGUUCUUCAAGAGUGGACUCACAAUGCCCACGAGGAACGCCUCCAGCAUUCUGCUGAUCAACCAGGUGUCUGGCAGCUUCCCUGAGCAACAGGGUCUUCAAAUCGCACAGGGGCCUCGGAGCUCUUGGCUUGUCUGCGCAGCUUGCGCCUACCCACUUGUCCGUGUUGAUGAGCUGAUUGAGGAGAAGUUUGAAUGCCGGAAGGAUGUGACGUGGGUCUACGAGCUCGAUGUAUUGGAACUGUCAACUUGGUGUUAUUCCGCAACCAAUGCCCACGAUCACAGAUUCGAUGUAGUCCGAGUGCUCCCGACGGGCUUGAACCGAAGUCUCGCCGUCGAGGGGAAGCCGACUGCAGAGUUCUCCUGGUUUCCGGGCUUUGCGUGGGCAAUGGCUCACUGCUGCCAUUGCAACCGCCACUUGGGCUGGGCCUUCUACCCAGAAUCGCCUGAGGAGCACCCUGAGCGUUCGGAGCAAACCGCGGAUGCGGUUCCGCCGUCUGAUCUGGCUUUCUUCGGGCUCGUGCUCACGAAGAUGCGGGAGAGCCACUUGCACGAUUCAGAAGUGGAUGAGAUCUUUACCAGAGCCAGGUCGACGCAGCAAUCGCCAAAUCGGCAAGAAGUUUCGAGCAUGCUGCGCUCGCUGAGACAAGCCUUGAGACAGGUACCUGCCGAUGCGCUGUUAUUUUCAUAUUUCUUAUCUCAGCGCCGGGAAGACACUUCCAGCCGUGAGUCAAUGCGGAGUACAGAGACGACGCUGGAGGAUCGUGACAGGCGUGAUCCUGAAGCCCAGCCCGAGCAAGCUGACGCUGAAGUGUAG